AGAGAAAAGGAAAGGUGGUAUACUCGCUUGGCUCUUGGCUAAACAUAAGCAUGGAGGUAUAAGCAACAGCAAAUAGUCUUUGUCACGAAAAUACACAAAGGGCCCAUAUUUAUUGACCUAAAAAUGUAACACAAAGAAACCGUACGGUAACACAACUGAAUAGGCAAUAAAUUACGGAUACCCAGAGCCAUGUACAGUCUUAUUGGCUGAUUGCUAUUGCGCAAUGGCACAUUGAACGAGAUUUACAUUGUCCUCCAGUGGAGGACUCUUAUUUGUUGCCAAGAACUUCGACCCAAGGUUGAAAAAUACAUUAACGUUUCUUGGGUUUUGACUGGAUAUUCUUUUUUCGGACAAAGGUUAGACCUAUUAUUGUCAUAAGCUACAUGGAACUGGUGAGAAGCAUGCGUCUAUUUUGUUUAUAAGCAUCGAUGAGUUCAAAUAUAUAGAUAGACUAUACGUCCACAUACUUUUUAUAGCUCUAUGAGAUUACCAAUGGGAGUGAAGUUAAGAAAAGGAUGUGUGCUGAUUGGUAUGCAUGUUAUAGCCCUUCUGUCCAUAGGGUGCGCAAUACCAUGUUUCAGCUUCUUCCUUAUCCAGUUCAAAGAGGAAUUCGGCGUUGGGUCUGGGCUCAUCGGGACUGCCAACAGCCUCUGCAUCGGCCUAACAUCCAUUGUCGCUCCAGUUGCGACGAUUAUGAAUAGGCUGUACGGCUAUCGAGUGACUAUCAUGGUCGGGGCGUUAUCGUAUUCUGUAGGGCUGAUCCUAAGCUCAUAUGUGACCGAAGUUUGGCAAAUAUUCUUCACGCACUCUCUCUUAACAGGUGGCGGUGUAUGUAUCACAUUUCAGACAAUGGUCUUCUUUGUCGGUAUGAACUUUAAGAAGUCAAUGAAUCUUGGUAACGGUAUUCUAUUCUCUGCUAUUGGUCUUGGUAUGCUGGUUAUCCCGCUGAUAUGUUCUGUCCUCGAUCAUCACUUCGGAUGGAAAGCUGCCAUACGUAUAAUUGGGGCGCUGUGUCUCCACUCUGUCGUAAUUUCCGCGCUGAUAUUCCGGAAAUCGUUCAAUCCAUACAUGCAGAAACCAACAGCUGUUGAACUACCAGAGAAGUACGAUAAUGAAGAGGAAGAAGAUUUUGAUGAUCCCAGUACACCGAUGUCGAAUUCUGAGAAAGAUUCAACAGACAAAAGAAAAGAAGAAAGUGGAGACGAAGAUAUAGAAGAGAAAGACGACAAAAAAGAUAAACCGCAAGAACUUGUUAUUGUUAACCCACGACCCCCAAAUAAAUUUAGUUGCCUACCACUCCUACGGUCUUUACUAAUUUUUAAAAAAUACCCACGUCUUUUAGUGAUGACCGUAUCCUUGUGUUUCAUUUGUGUAGGCUACUCAGGAUUUUUCGUGCACAUGAUCGCGAGUUCGAAAUACAGAGGUGCGACCGAUUUCGAAUCGGCUGUCAUAUUUGGCGUCUUUGGUAUUGGCAAUUUAGUCGGUCGCCUGGCGAACGCGAUACCAUUAUAUUUUAAGCUAAUAUCUGAAACGAACCUGUUCAUCAUUUCCAUAUUUGUAGUAACCGUUUGCAUGGCUAUCUUUGGAAUAUGCCAGACAUUCUCAACUAUGCUGUUCAUUGCUUCAGUAAUUGGACUCUUCUUCGGGAUGUACAUACCCCAAAUCCCUUCCAUCAUUCGAAUGAUUGUACCGAAGGAUAAAUUUGAUAAAGCUUAUGGACUGUGCAUCGUGCCUUCGGGAGUAACAUCUAUUUUCGGCGGUUACAUUGCUGGUGCUAUCUAUGAUCGUACGGGAGCAUACACAUUGUCGUUCUUCUUCGCAGCAGGGAAUUACGGAAUUGUAACAACGAUCUUAGUUCUGACGGAAAUAGCAAUGAAAUGCCGUUGUAAACCUGAAAGGACCAGACUUAGUAGUAGCGAUGAUUCUGACGUCAAUGCGCCCGUUACAGCCGUCUGAGAGACAUGAUUUCUAUCCAAUCGUUAUAGGCCUAUCUGUACCGUCCUAGCCGUCUGAGUUUUAACUUUCAUUCAAUCGCAAUAGGCUUACUGUACCGCCCUAACCGUCUGAGAGUCCUGACUUUCAUCCAAUCGCAAUAGGCCUACUAUAGGCUAUACCAACCUAGCUUGCAUUUUAUCUUUGUAGAAAUGUAGGCCCAUCACAGUAAGUUUUAAUAUGCAUCAAGCAAUCAGGGCUUAUUUAAAAUCUGUGAUAGAACUAAGUACGGUAAAACAUCAAUUAUAAGAAACAAUUUAAAGAGUUGAUGUUGAUGGUAUAGUGUAUAUAUACAGUAUAAACAGUA